AUGACUCUGCAAAUUCUUGAUCUCUCGAAAAAUAAAAUAUCAGGAACACUCCCUUGGUGCAUGGGGGACUUGAAUGUACUGUUAGUGCUUGAUCUGACGAAUAACAAUCUCGAUAGUGAUAUUCCAAGUUCUUUGGGUUCUCUACAAUAUCUUUAUUCUUUACAUUUGCGCAACAACAUGUUUCACGGGAAGAUCCCUUCAUCUUUGCAGAAUUUGAAAUCUCUGAGCAUUCUCGAUCUAGGUGAUAAUAAAUUAACUGGUAUUAUCCCAUCAUGGAUUGGAGAAAUGUCUAAUCUACGAUUUCUCAUUCUUCGAUCGAAUAAGUUCCAUGGUUAUAUUUCUCUGCAGCUUUGCCACCUCUCUGCUCUUCAAGUGUUAGACCUGUCACAUAACUAUAUAAGUGGAAGUAUUCCUCGCUGCUUUGCCAACUUCACUGCCAUGGUUGCGAAUCUCAAUGCGGAACUUACAGAGAUUCGGUAUCCACAAUACACAGAGAAAAUGUUAAAUAUCAUUAAAGGAGUUGAACUUGAAUACACUAACACACUCCAAUUUCUCACAUCUAUAGAUGUUUCAAACAAACAGAUAGUUGGAGAGAUUCCUGAAGAGUUGAUGGAUCUUAUUGGGCUGCGGAGUUUCAACGGAUCCAAAAAUCAUCUAAAUGGAAGCAUCCCAGAGAAGAUUGGAAAUAUGAAAGCUUUGGAAUCACUUGAUUUGUCCACAAACAAACUUUCUGGUUCAAUCCCUCCAAGCUUGUCCGCUUUGAACUUCUUAAGCUACUUGAACUUGUCAUUCAACAACUUGUCAGGUCCAAUACCAACAAGAAAUCAACUCCAAACACUCGAUGAUCCAUCAUCCAUCUAUAUGGGCAACAAUCAACUUUGCGGACCACAAAUCUUGAAGAGUUGCCAUGGUGAUACUUCGUCUGAUAUUGGUCAUCAUGAUCCACAUGUUCCUGAGAGUAAAGAUGAAGAAGAUAAGACGGAACGAAUGGCAAUCUAUACUGCCAUUGGACCGGGUUUCUUGGUUGGCUUCUUGGCAAUUUGUGGCAUUUUGCAUUUCAAAAAGUCUUGGAGGUAUGCAUGGUUUCAGUUUGUGGAGAAUACUUGCAACAACCUACUAGUGGCAGUUGCACUGAAGGAAGCUUGGGUGCGGAGAAAGUUCCAGAAAGAUGAAAUGGGAGGAUAA